UGUUUUGUAUCCAGACAUGGUAUAAAGCGAAAUCAAAAUUGUAUUCGGAUAGCAAGAAGAUGCACCGAAGUCCCAUCAAACAUUUUCUCCAACUCCCCAUAUGUUAUUCUUGCGACAAAUUCUCCAAGUCAUAGGCUUUUGAAAGCCUCGUCAGUAUUUCAUGACUCCCAUGCAGCUUUCGCUAAAAACGCACUGUACGUUCAAACCAACAAGGCUGCCAACAGCGUAGUUGCGCUCUACGUUCACUGGAACGGCUCGCUCUCGCUAGGAGGGAAGACGGAUAGCGGCAGUGUGGGUGCCAGUUUUAUCAGCGCCCCUGCCAAUAUGUCUGCUGGUCUUGACUCUUUUGCCAACCAGGGUGCCGUUAAAGUUGUUGGCAACAGCAUAUUCUCGGUCAACAGUGGCGACGACACGGUGUCCAUGUUCUCCAUUGACGCUUACGAUCCAACGAGCUUGACUCUUUUGGGUUCAGCCGCCAAGGUACCUGGUGAAUUUCCUGUGAGCGUGGAUGCGUCUCUGCUGCAUGAGCUUGUUUGUGUGGGCACGAGCGGUGCCAAGUCAGGUGUUUCGUGUGCUCCCUACGCCCCGAUGUGAGAAUUGGCAAGUUUGACUUUUUGAGAGAGUUUGAACUAGGCCAGUCGACGCCUCCAGUGGACCCAGGAAACACUGUAUCCGAGGGUUACUGUUCUGAAGACGAGACGAUGAUUACUGCUGUCAAAGAUAACGGAACCGCCGAAAACAAGGGCUAUAUUUCGGCCCACUCUGUAUCUGCCGCUUCCGAAUAUGGGGGUACUCGUCUUUCGCCUGCUGACAUUCGUACCUCUCUGAACGAAAUGAAUCUGCUUUUCGGCUUCGAACAGAUUCCGGCAUUGGACCGCUACUUUGUUGCUGACCCAUCCUUUGGUGCAGCUAUCUUCUCCGUUGACGAAGCUUCCGGUGUCUCCGGGUUUGUCAGUAAGCAGGAAAUCCCCGGCCAAAAGGCCAGUUGUUGGGCCGUGGUUUCGUCUCUCUCUAACUCUGCGUUUGUGACGGACCCUCUUGUCGGCCACAUUGUGGAGAUGAGCCUGUACGAUGCUAGCAUUGUGUCAUUAACGAACACUGCCGACACAAUCAUCAACCUUAUUACGACGGGCGACUACGUUUAUGCGCUAAGUCCAGGCAGCGACAAUCAUACUGGCGCUUCUGUGUCAGCAUUUUCGGGUAAGCCUGGAGACGACCGGACUAUACUACAAUCCCUGGAUGUCGGCGAUUGGGCUGGCAAACGCUCCCAAGUCCUGGCCGCGUUUUCUGGCAGAUGGAUGGUUAGGAAAGGUGGUGCGUUUCACACUCAAAAACAAAGAAAAAGCAGGGGUUUCGCGAAGUUAAUUCAAAAUCUUUAG